AUGGCGGCUAUCUCUAGGUUGGACAAGCGUCCUAUUGAAUCAGAGACCAGUAUACCAUCAAGGCUCAAACGAGCUCAUUUGAAUAUUGCCGUGGAUGGGUAUCUGGGUACGGAUUGUGCCCAUGCUCUUCCCGUGGCAAAUCAAUCAGUUCAGAGCUCCAAAGGCUACCACUUGCCAGUUAAAGCCAAGUUUUCGGGGGCCACAUUUCACAAGAAACUGACUACUUCGCAGCUUGACGUUGAGCCUUCGUCCUUUGAGAAAGAGCUUGAAGACUUGGCAGCGGCAGCUGGAGCUCGUGACGUUCCAAGAACACAAGAAGAGGCAGAUCGUGCCUGGAGCAGGCCCAAACUGGAUAGGUUUGAUCCAUUGACUAGCAACAUUGUUUUCCAGCAAUUGGAUGCCGAGGAGACUGUCAUAGAGGACAAAUCAGCGGUGAGAUUUUUUGGAGUCACCAAAGAAGGCCAUUCAGUUUUGUGUAAUGUCACUGGAUUCUUACACUACAUGUACGUGCCAAUGCCCAGGACACUUGCUCAUAGCGCGUUACCCGAGUUUAUCACAUAUAUGAAAGGAUCUUACGAAGGAAUCGUGGACAUUACGGUGGCCAUGAAGGAGUCUAUAUGGGGAUACAACAAGAGCACAAAGCUGCCGUUUCUUAAGGUGAUUGUUGAGAACCAGAAGUUUCUCAGUAGGAUCAGAACGGGUUUCGAGAGAGGUGAUAUUCAGUUUGGAGAUGCUUUUACUGGUAACUCUGUUACUUUCGAUAACAUCCAGUAUCUGUUGAGGAUGAUGGUGGAUUGCAAGAUUACCGGUAUGAGUUGGCUCACGGCUCCCGCAGGAAAAUACUCCUUGGAAUCCAAUAAGAUCUCUACAUGCCAGCUAGAAGUCUCCAUAGACUACAAAGAUUUGCUUUCCCACGAGCCAGAGGGAGAGUUCCUGCAGAUGGCUCCGUUACGUGUGCUUUCGUUUGAUAUCGAAUGUGCUGGUAGGAAGGGUAUCUUCCCUGAGCCAGAGUACGAUCCUGUCAUUCAGAUUGCAAACGUUGUGAGCGUAACUGGUGAAGAUACUCCCUUCGUGAGAAACGUGUUCACCAUGAAGAGCUGUGCUCCAAUUGUGGGUUCACAGAUCUUUUCUUACGAGCAGGAAGGUGAACUUUUGCGCAAAUGGAAGGAGUUUGUGGUCAAGGUAGAUCCUGAUGUGAUAAUUGGUUAUAAUAUUGCCAAUUUUGAUUUGCCUUAUCUGUUGAACAGGGCUAAGACUUUGGGGGUUGCUGAUUUCCCCUUCUUCAGCAGACUAAAGCACAGCAGGCAGGAGAUCAAGGACUCUGUAUUCAGUUCAAGAGCAUAUGGAACACGCGAAAACAAGGUGGUGAACAUCGAGGGCAGAAUGCAAUUGGAUUUGUUGCAGUUUAUCCAAAGAGAGUACAAGCUCCGUUCGUAUACACUCAACUCUGUUUCUGCCCACUUCCUGAACGAACAGAAGGAAGAUGUCCAUCACUCCAUCAUUACUGAUCUGCAGAAUGGUGAUAGCGAAACCAGAAGAAGACUGGCGGUGUAUUGUCUAAAAGAUGCAUAUCUUCCCCUCAGAUUAGCUGAAAAGCUGAUGUGUUUGGUUAACUACACAGAGAUGGCCAGAGUGACAGGAGUGCCAUUUUCCUUCCUUCUGAGCAGAGGACAACAGAUCAAGGUCAUUUCUCAAUUAUUCCGCAAAUGUCUUGAUUUGGAUAUCGUGAUACCCAAUAUGAGAUCCGAAGGAACAAAUGAGGAGUACGAGGGUGCCACUGUCAUUGAACCAGUGAGAGGUUAUUACGAUGUUCCCAUCGCGACGUUGGAUUUUGCCUCUCUUUAUCCUUCCAUCAUGAUGGCACACAACUUGUGUUAUACUACAUUGUUGAAUAAGCAGACGAUCGAGAGGUUGGGACUGAAAGAAGAUGCUGAUUAUAUCAAGACUCCAAACGGAGACUACUUUGUGAAGCCUCAUCUUCGCCAAGGCAUUCUGCCCACGAUUCUGCAGGAACUUUUGGGUGCUAGAAAGAAGGCGAAGAACGAUUUGAAGAAAGAGACUGAUCCUUUCAAGCAACAGGUGCUCAACGGUCGUCAGCUGGCAUUGAAAAUAUCUGCAAAUUCGGUUUACGGUUUCACUGGUGCGACGAUUGGAAAGCUUCCCUGUUUGGCCAUAUCUUCCUCUGUCACUGCUUUUGGAAGAGAGAUGAUUGAGAAGACCAAGACUGAGGUUCAGACCAAGUUCAGCAUUGCCAAUGGUUACGAGGCAGAUGCUCAGGUCAUCUAUGGUGAUACUGACUCGGUGAUGGUGAAAUUUGGAACUGAUUCGCUGGAGAAAUCGAUGGAGCUCGGUCUCGAGGCUGCCGAAUACGUUUCCACCAAGUUUAUGAAGCCUAUCAAGCUGGAGUUUGAGAAGGUUUAUUUCCCUUAUUUAUUGAUUAACAAGAAGCGGUAUGCAGGUCUGUAUUGGACGAACCCAAAGAAGUUCGACAAGAUGGAUACCAAAGGAAUUGAGACUGUGAGAAGAGAUAAUUGUCGUCUGGUCCAGAAUGUGAUCACGAAAGUUUUGCAGCUGAUUCUAGAGGAUCGUGAUGUGAAUGGUGCUGAGAGCUUUGUGAAACAAACGAUUGCUGACUUGCUACAGAACAGAGUGGAUAUGUCGCAGUUGGUGAUUACCAAGGCUCUGUCGAGGCAGGACUAUAGUGGUAAACAGGCCCAUGUCGAGUUGGCAGAGAGAAUGAGGAAAAGAGACGCUGGUUCUGCACCCACACUUGGUGACCGUGUUGCAUAUGUGAUCAUCAAGACCAGUGGUGAUAAGAACUAUGAGAAGUCGGAGGAUCCUCUCUAUGUUUUAGAGCACUCGUUGCCAAUUGAUACGAAGUACUAUCUGGAUAAUCAGCUUGCGAAACCGUUGAUCAGAAUUUUCGAGCCAAUCAUGGGAGAGAGAAGAGCCAGGGAACUACUGACUGGUGCCCAUACCAGAACCGUUAUUAUGGCAGCUCCAAAGACUGGUGGCCUCAUGAUGUUUGCAAAGAAGUCCAAUCUGUGCAAGAACUGCAAAACUCCGAUGCCUUCACAUAAUCCAGACGGUACUCUUUGUGAUAACUGUGUCGGUAAGGCUGGAGAACUCUAUGGUGAAGCAUUGGCUACAAUGAGCGCUUUGGAGGAGCAGUUUGCCAAGUUAUGGACGGAAUGCCAGAGAUGUCAGGGCUCCCUGCACCAGGAGGUGUUGUGCUCCAAUAAAGAUUGUACUAUCUUCUAUAUGAGAAAGAAGGCCCAGAAGGACCUGGUGCUGCAUUCUGAAGAGAUCAAGAAGUGGGAUGAUCAGGUGUGGUGA